UAGGUUCCCAUUCUGCUGAAAGCGGCAGGGAACUUCUGCGGUUCUUCCAACCAGAUGCUGUUGCAGCUACAGCUGUACUCAAUAACCAAAAGGGAGGGGGAAACGUAUGCACACGAAAGGUAACCUCAUACCAGUCCAUUAUGGAGAAGAACAACACAAUGGUUCCACUGACUUCAGAUUUGACUAACAAGAAAGAAACUCUGUGCAUUUUCGGAACAGGGGAUUUUGGAAGAUCACUAGGACACAAGUUGAUGCAGUGUGGCUAUUCCGUUGUAUUUGGAAGCCGAAGCGCCCAGACCUCCGGGCUGAUCCCUCAAGGAGCCACAGUGCUAACUCACACAGAAGCCACAGAAAUGUCUGAUAUUAUCAUUAUAGCCAUCCAAAGAGCACAUUACAGCUUUCUUGAAAGCCUAAGGGACGUUCUACAUGGGAAAGUGCUGGUGGACGUGAGCAACAACCUCAAAAUAAACCAGUACCCGGAAUCCAAUGCUGAAUAUCUUGCCCAGAUGAUGCCGGGCAGCAAGGUGGUGAAAGCAUUUAACACAGUGUCAGCCUGGGCUCUGCAGUCAGGUGCCUUGGAUGCCAGCAGACAGGUGUUUAUCUGUGGAGAUGACAGCAAGUCAAAAGAAAAGGUUAUGGAGAUUGUUCGAAGCCUUGGUCUUACUCCAUUGGAUAAGGGAUCACUCUUAGCAGCCAAAGAAAUCGAGAAUUACCCUUUGCAGCUCUUCCCAAUGUGGAAAUCCCCUAUCUAUCUCUCCCUUGUUCUCAGUGCAGUCAUCUUCUUCUACUGCGUGAUCCGUAAUGUGGUCUACAAUCAUGUUGAGAAAGGCAAAGACUAUUCCUUUUUUAUUCUCAUUAGCAUCCCAAACCGGGUCUGCCCAAUGGUGGCUCUCAUCCUUCUCGGUUUGGUUUACUUGCCUGGGAUCUUUGCCGCCCUUCUCCAAUUGUAUAGAGGUACCAAAUACAGUCGCUUCCCGGAUUGGCUGGACCAGUGGAUGCUGUGUAGGAAACAACUUGGCCUGGUCGCCUUGGCUUAUGCUUUCCUACAUGUUUUGUAUACGCUCAUCAUCCCUAUUCGGUACUACGUAACAUGGAGGCGGAACUCUUAUGUCCUUGUCCAGGCACUGAACAACAAAACAGAUCCAUUAAACUAUGAGAGUGUCUGGCGUUCUGAGUCUUAUCUUGCUUUCGGUAUUUUGGGAUUCUUUUUGUUUGUCCUCCUGGGAAUAACCUCCUUGCCAUCUGUCAGCAACAACGUCAACUGGAGAGAGUUUCGGUUUGUACAGUCUUAUCUGGGCUACCUGUCAUUGGUUUUCUGCACUGCCCAUACAGUGGGCUAUGGCGGGAAGAAGUUCCUGAACAGUGCCUCAUACCCGUGGUACCUUCCUCCUACGUUUAUGUACUCCCUCAUUAUCCCUUGCGUUGUGCUGCUCAUUAAGGUUUUUCUAAUAUUUCCAUGUAUUGAUAGACCUCUAACUCAGAUUCGACAGGGCUGGGAGAGGAAACCCAAACUCACAAACCAGCCAAACAGAGGCUCAUCGGCUGUAUAAUCCCUUAGCAAAUGCACAAAAUAAAUUAUACAUUUUCAAUAGGUAAAAAUGGUCAUGCUAAGGCACACUGAAAGUUGGCUAAACAAACAAAAAGAAUGUUCCAUAAUUACUCUGUAACAUAAAGACCAUUCUUGACAGCAAUUCACCAAUAUUCAUCUUCUUCCUGUUUCAUAACUAAGGAAUUCUCCUUUUCUGUUACUGGGAUUGGAGGAACCAGUUAUAGUCUAUUUCCAACCUCUUCUGGGUAAUCGAGAAACCCAUUUUGCUGUAGAAUCAUGUAUUAAAAGACAUAUUGACUCUAAGAAUAUGGCAUGGAUGGCAAAUUGUCAGACCGACAGGGCAAAUACAACCUUUUGGGGUUUCCCCUUUUUCC